AUGGCCCAGGCCCCGCGGAGCUGGAGUCUCCGGCGGGUACGCCCCGCCGCCUAGUAAGCGCCCGGGCGGCGCGGCCCGGGCCGAACCAUCACAGCAAGCCCGAGGAGAACGGGGACAAGGGCAAAGGUGAGGUGUGGUCGGGCACCCCCACACCCGGUCCCAGAGGUGUCCUGACUUGCCAUGUGGCCUUAGGCGUCUGAGAUGCCGCUGCCUCAGAGGAAACGCUGGGAGUCCAUGGCCAAGGGGCUGGUGCUGGGAGCACUCUUCACCAGCUUCCUGCUGCUGCUGUACUCGUAUGCGGUGCCCCCUCUGCACGCUGGCCUGCCCUCUGCCAGGACCCCGGAAGGUGUAGCAUCCUGCUCCCCAGCCCCCAGUGAGCCAGAGACGGCCACCGCUGCUGCUAACGGCUCGUCUGGAGGGUGCCAGCCACGGCGGGACAUCGUGUUCAUGAAGACACACAAGACCGCCAGUAGCACGCUGCUCAACAUCCUGUUCCGCUUCGGCCAGAAGCACGGGCUCAAGUUCGCCUUCCCCAACGGCCGCAACGACUUCGACUACCCGGCCUUCUUCGCCCGAACCCUGGUGCAGGACUACCGGCCGGGGGCCUGCUUCAACAUCAUCUGCAACCACAUGCGCUUCCACUACGAGGAGGUCCGGGGCCUGGUGCCCCCCAACGCCACCUUCAUCACCGUGCUCCGUGACCCCGCCCGCCUCUUUGAGUCCUCCUUCCACUACUUCGGCUCGGUGGUGCCCUUUACCUGGAAGCUCUCGGGCCGAGACAAGCUGGCUGAGUUCCUGCAGGACCCCGACCGCUACUACGACCCCAACGGCUACAACGCCCACUACCUCCGCAACCUGCUCUUCUUCGACCUGGGCUACGACAGCGGCCUGGACCCCCGCAGCCCACAGGUGCAGGAGCACAUCCUGGAGGUGGAGCGCCGCUUCCACCUGGUGCUCCUGCAGGAGUACUUCGACGAGUCCCUGGUGCUACUCAAGGACCUGCUGUGCUGGGAGCUGGAGGACGUGCUCUACUUCAAGCUCAACGCCCGCCGCGCCUCGGCCGUGCCCCGCCUGUCAGGCGAGCUGUACCGGCGUGCCACGGCCUGGAACGUGCUGGAUGCCCGCCUCUACCGCCACUUCAACGCCAGCUUCUGGCGAAAGGUGGAAGCGUUUGGGCGGGAACGCAUGGCCCGCGAGGUGGCCGCCCUGCGACGUGCCAAUGAGCGCAUGCGGCGCAUCUGCAUCGACGGGGGCCACGCUGUGGAUGCCACCGCCAUCCAGGACUCAGCCAUGCAGCCCUGGCAGCCGCUGGGCGCCAAGUCCAUCCUGGGCUACAACCUCAAGAAGAGCAUUGGGCAGCGGCAUGCACAGCUCUGUCGUCGCAUGCUCACGCCCGAGAUCCAGUACCUGAUGGACCUCGGCGUCAACCUCUGGAUCACCAAGCUCUGGAAGCUCAUUCGAGACUUUCUGCAGUGGUAACAUCCUGCCCACCCAGCGGCCCAUCCUGCCUGCUCACCUGAUGAGGAGGGGCCAGGCAGGGGCCUGCUGGCCUUCCCCGAUCCCCUCCUGGUGCCACCUCGGUCCCCGAGGUAAGGUGGGGCUGCCGUGGGGAUGCAGCUGGCCAGGACUGGGCCCAAGGCAUGCGGAGAGGGCCUGAGAUCAGCGUUUGAUUAAUUAUACAGUUUUUAAAAUUAAAUCCCCUUUCCUGUUUCUACUUCCUGCCUCCCCUUAAAGGGGAGACUUCAGAAGUAAAGGCAUUUGAUGUUGUGUUUUUGUUAAUCAGCCUCAGUCGUGGUGACUGCCGGGGCCCAGGUUGGGGGUGACUGGUGGGGACAGGGGACCGCAAGGGAGCAUGGUUGGUGCCUGUGUGAAUGUUUCUGUGCGCAGAGUCCCAUGGUGUGGCAAGGAUUUGGUGUGUACCAAAAUUUGUUUUGAUACAUACUGAAGCCCUGUGUGGUUGAAGGACUCCUACAAGCUACUGAGACCUGGAAGAUUGUGUGUGUGUGUGUGUGUGUGUGUGUGUGUGUGUGUGUGUGUGUGUGUGAUCCUCCAGGGGACAGUACCAGCUGCUUACUCCAACUGAACACCAGUUAUGUGCCCAGCACUGGGCUAAGUGCUUUGUGGGCAUUAUCCCAGCCCAUCUUCAUCCAAACUUAGCGACAUGGGAACUGUUAUUAUCUCAUGCUAGAGUUGAGGAAGACAGCUCAGAGAGGGAAAGUCACUUGGUCAAGAUCACAGAGCAAGUAAGUGACAGGACUGGAGCAGGAAUUGGAUCAGGCAGUGUGUGGCUACAUGGGGAUAGAGUCCAAGUGUGUGUGUGUGUGUGUGUGUGUGUGUGUGUGUGUAACCUGCAGUUGGGAAGACCUCUGUGGGACACUGAGCAGCAGGCCCCGGGCCCGGGCUACAGGUUUCUUGCACAAUCUUAUUCUCACAGUAACCCUUUGAGGCAGGCACAAUAAUGCUGCCAUUUUGCAGACGUGGGAACUGACAUUCUGAGAGGGAAAGGGACUUGCUCAAGGUCACGUACCAAACCCAGAACUAAGCCAUCUCCUUGGGACCCUAAACCCUUUCCACCUCCAGAGCCUGUUUACCCCAUAUCCACCUGUCCCUUAGUCCCCACUGACCACUCUAGGCUGCCUCACCCUCUGCUUGGCUCCCUAUGGCCCAGAGUUUCCCUCUUCUGCCCUAGACUCAGUUUAUUAACCAAUAACUAUUUGGUGUUCAUCAGCUAUCUGCUGUGUGCCCCCAGCCCUGAGCUGCCCCUAGCCCUGAGCUGGCCCCAGCCCUAUAGCAGUCAGCAAGCUGGCCUGGGUUCCUGUCCAGAGAGGCACCGAGCAACCAAGGCACACCUGGUAUGACCAACCAGGAUGGGGAUGCAUUGACUCGAACCACCUGCCUCCCUCGGUCCCCCCAGGGGGGCAGGGGCCCUUUCUGGGACUCUUGGGUCUCUAACCAGGGGCCAGCAACCAGAUGUGACAGGAGACCUGUUUGUUCCAGGCUCCGAGACAAGUGUUCACACACCUUAUUAGAAUAGAAUAUUUGCCACAUUCCAGUUCUAUAGACCAAGGCUCAGAGAGGUUAACUGACCUACCCAAGGUCACACAGCUAAUUAGUGCCAAAGCCAGAAUGCAAAGCCAGAUCAAUCAACUCUUAACCCCUCCCUGGGCUUCAGUCAGUCUUUCCCUGACUGAAGGGAGUGAGCUUCUGGUCCAAGCAGGAUAGAAAGGGGUCAGGGUGACCAAGGGUCUGUUUCCUGGGACCGUCCCAGUUUUAGCCUGACAUCCCAGGAAACUCCUUAGUUCUGGGCAACCAGGAUGGAGGGUCAGUGUGGGAGCAGUUAGACCCCACCAGCCUGGAGCCAUUUCAUGGCCUGUACCCUCAUUAAUGUUCUUUGGCAGCAAGAAAUAAGGAUGCCCUUGAAGCCUUCAUUUAAUCCAUAUGGAGAAAACUAAGCAAAAAUGAAUAAAUUAAAAAAAAACUGACAAUAGCUUAAGACUAUUCUCAGGAAAAGAUGUUAGUGACCUCAAAUUCAUGAAAUAAUAUUCUUUUCCUUUUAUUAAUUAGAGAUGGAUGUGACUUUAGUGCAAUACAAUAACGUCCUGCGUGGGUGUGUGGGAACCCUUAUUUUAAUUAUAUUUCCUUGGACAAACAAGGGCCUAGAAAUGCCAAUAAUAUUAUUAUUACAUAUAAGUUUUUAAGAUAAAUUUAUUUAAACUGAAAGAAACAAUUCACUCGUUUCUCCCAUUUCCCCCCCUCCAGCAAACACCAAUCUGUUCUCUGUAUCUAUGAGCUUUUAAAAAAUGUAUACAUGUAAUUACAUUAUUAUUAUUAAUCCUGGCACUUCCAGGCCCUUAGGGAUCCAAAUCUGGCAGGUAGUAGGUGCUAAGAAUAUGUCACUUCAUUAGCAUUUUCUAUAGUUACUAACUCAUUUACCAACAUAAUUAAGACUGUCACAGUCAGUAGGUGCAGGUGCUUCGCGGUCACUCCGUGCCCAGCCCUGUGCCCUGCGGGAACGCGCACACAAUCCCCUUUGCUCCCUCAGGAGGCGGCUGAGACACAGGCUGAGCACUCGGCACAGGGUCACCCAGCCAGGCAGCCGUGGAGGCAGGAUGCAAAACCAGGUCCAUCGACCAGAUGCCAAGGCUGGUGGUCCUCGCGGGCCACCUCAACCUCAGAACUGAGGCUCUUUGCGGCAGAAAAAGCCUGAGGUCUCCGGGCAAGCACAGCAGACUCGCUGCUGCCACCCAAGCAAGGGCCCUGCUGCUGGACUCUCCCCCCCACCCCCGCAAGGACCCCGCAAGGAUGAGGGGGGCCCUCCACCUCAUCCUCAGCCUCCCGCCCCGACGCGGGCUCAGGACCCGGAGACGGUGCGGCCCCAGCAGGCCGCAGCAGUGGCGGAAAGGUGCGGGGGCUGCCCGGACCGAGGUCCGCAGCCGGAUCGACCCCGCCCCGAUGCCACUGCUUCUCGUCAGAGGGGACUGGACCUUGCCUGCGUGUUGCUGCCGCUGCAGCUGCUGCUUCAGCAGUUUUACUUUUAGGGGGAUCUGUCAUGCGACUUGCCUUUAUGGCCACGUGCAGAUGUUCGGUUUCACCAUUAGCCAAGGCCGCCUUCCCAAGACGUCUUCUCUACCGGCACUGGCUCUCAGCAGCUCCCUCCCGGAGCCUCGCCAGACUCGAUCCUGAGAGAAGCGAGGGGAUGAAAGGGAAGCCUGGACUCUGCGCAGAUCUCAUCUUAACCGGGUUGACAGGUGUUGGUUGAUGAAGAAUUUUUCUCCUCUGGGUUCCUUUGUGAUGGUAGAAAAUCUGAAAACCUCCACUGUAAACUUCAUAAUCAGCCAUCCACGCUUAUUUUACAUUUUUGUACAAGAGAGUCCCACUCUCUAAAUUAGCCGAGCAUUUUUGGCCUUUGAAUCUGUUGGCAUGAGAAAAGAGGGGGAGGAGGGAGUAGGGCCUUUAUUUAAGCCCUGGAAGUUAGUUGAGGUCUCUUGUGAGGUUGUCAUUCUGUCCUCUCAUUCCGGUUUAUGGAUCUCAGGACGCUGGAAAGGCCACAUUGAAUAGACACCUGACUAACCAGUUGGUAAAUAGUCUUCCUGUGUUGACUAUUUGGAAUGUGAUCCAGGACAGACAGAAGUUACCCUCCAGGUUGCACUUCUUUACUUAAUAUUACAGACCCAGUUCUAGGACCACCUAUUCACCCACCAGAGGACAUCUCACACACACACACACACACACACAGUAUAUUCCAGGAAACCUGUUUGUAAAAACAACUAUGAGAAUUACAACAGGAUGAUAAAGCAUGCCUUCAGCUCCUACAAGACAGAGUCCCUUUUUAUCUGUGACGCAAUGGACUUCAGAU